AUGACUGAAUCCAGUUUUGUAAUUCGUCAAAUUGCUUCGCUGCCAGGGCACGAAGACCGUGCGUGGCAGGUUGCUUGGAACCCAGAUGCCCCUAUACUCGCGUCGUGUUCAACCGACAAAACGGUUCGGCUUUAUUCGUACUCAGCGCCCCCGCCAGAUUCAACAGAUGAUGCCCACGACUAUCGAUUUGACCUUGCAACGUCCAUUUCCACUGGUCACACGCGCACCGUGAGGACGAUUGCAUGGGCGCCCGGUGGGAAGAGCUUGGCAGUUGGAUCAUUUGAUUCUACUAUCUCUGUAUGGGAGCGUACUACCGAAGAUGAUAGUGAAGGGAAAGAACACGGGAGCGAUCACCCUUCGAGUGAAUGGGAAAUGGUAUCUCAACUGGAAGGCCACGAGAACGAAUGUAAAAGCGUUGCGUAUUCGAACAGUGGAACACUGUUGGCCAGUUGCAGCCGAGACAAGAGUGUGUGGGUUUGGGAAGUACAGCCCGAUGCCGAAUUUGAGUGCCUGAGUGUUAUGAUGGAACAUUCACAGGAUGUCAAGGCUGUCACAUUCCACCCUCGAGAGGAUAUCUUAGCUUCAGCAUCCUACGACGACACAAUCAAGUUAUAUGUAGAUGAUCCCUCCGAUGAUUGGUACUCCUUUGCCACCUUGAAGGGACACAUGUCGACUGUUUGGGCUAUUUCGUUCAGCCCUUGUGGUAACUUUCUCGCUUCUUCAUCAGACGACAAAACCAUUAGGGUAUGGCGGCACGUCCCAGCUGACACCGGGUCCUAUUCCGCCGGUGAUUGGCAGCCCGCUCUAGACUGGGUGGCCCAUUCUCGACCUAUAUAUUCGAUUUCAUGGGGACCGAAGGUUCCUGGAGUCGGCUCCGAGAGCAGUUUGGGAUGUAUUGCCAGUAGUGGGGGUGAUGGUCAAAUUAGGAUAUGGGAGGUAUCGGACACUAGUUCCGGAUUAGCCCAAUAUGAGAUAUGCUCAUACGACAGGGCACAUGGAGAUGCUGAAGUCAAUUCUGUCUCCUGGUGCCCACGGCCACGGAUGAAUGGUAUUCUUGCCACUGCAGGAGAUGAUGGAAUCGUAAACAUAUGGAAAGUAAUACACGCAUACAAAACGGAGAUUCUUAACCCCGGUUCAUUCCAACCUUUCAUUCGCCCCUUCUGGCUGUUGUUAAUCCCCUCCCUACUUUCACGACAAGGAUGGGCGCGUGAGUUACUCGGGCUUAUGUUGAUCGAUGGCAGCACUGAUCUUAGAUUCGCAUUUGUGAUACUGGGUUUUAGUUGCAAAGCUUGUUACGCUGUAAAGCGAAAUUGUCAGUAUCCCACGGAAGUAUAUCAAGGAUGUAUUCAGUGCGAGACCAGGGGUACUAGAUGUGAACCUCGCGAAUGGCCUCCCUCUAAAUACACCAUGAACUUCUCCCGAUCCACGACCGGACCUAAACGAAGAUCUGUUGAUAGCUCUGCUCUUGGGCUUUAUGUCCCGGAGUCAUUGUCAUCUGGAUCUGAACGCAUCGGCUCCGACCCUGUAUUGUUUGAUGACAGGGGCUUUGAUAUCUCUUCUCGCGCGCGUCGUCGACCAAGACACCGUGCCUCAAAUUCUGCUGACGCUUCCGUUUCGAUAGGUGCGAUACAAUUCGCUGGGACAACCACAUUGGUUAGAAACGGCAUACUACACCCGUCGGAACUGGUGGAGCUUUAUCAUUUAUUCGUCACAAGGUGGAAUCCAUGUAUUCUUGUCCUUGAUCCCAGCCUCCACACAAUCCAGUAUCUCACUAAUUUUGAGCUACUAUUAUCUGUGGUGCUAGCAGUAGCUGCACAAGAGUACCACCCUCGGCCUGAAUUAUGUGAACAAUUGAUGUAUCAUGCACGGUCGAUUGCUGGAAAAGAGCUGCUCGAAACCCCAACAGUAGAAACGGUACAAGCUUUACUUCUGCUUUCAUUGUUUCCCAACUGGGGGCUAUCGUUUGACCAAAACCGAUCCUGGCUUGACCUAGGACUGGCGCUUGACUUAGCUCGACAGCUCGAAAUGGACAAGGUGGCAUCUACGUUCGAUCCUUGUAACACCUCGUCUACCGAACGGAAUGUUUUCCGAACUUGGAUAAUAUGUCAUAAUUUGGAUGCUGUUACAUCCUCAGUCUUUGACAGACCAUCUUCAUUCGCUCCUAUAUUACCCGAGCAGAGACGCUGGCCGAAAAAGGCAAAUGAUUCUUAUGAAGGCAUGGUAGGGGUCCUCGCCGAGCCACUUCAACUUCUCGAGCUUCACAUCAAACAGCAAUCCCUCAAUAAACUCUUAUAUGGCGCAGAUUAUAUUCGAGGAAUUAACCGAGGUGAAAGCACCACGAGCCCACGAUUGCUUGAUUCGAAGAUUAUUACAAGCAUGGAAACCGGGAUAUCUGAGCAGAGCGCUUUUUGGGCGAACGAAAGGAGCGAGCAGUUGCCUUUUUGGUUCCAUAUGGCAAAUAUCACAACGGCAUAUUCGCGACUACUACUUCUCAGUAGAUACCCCUUGACCGAUAAAUGUUUUCAAGAGCCAGAAACUUGCUCAAAUAUAAUUGACUCGGCAAGGUGUAUACUGGAGUCGUAUGCAAAUAUGUUCGUCAACUGCGGCUACGCAAAGUAUGCUCCAGGGUGCUUCUUUACACAUGGUUUACUGGCCACCGCUAUUGUUUACAAGUUUAUUGAUAGCAUGGAGUCCGAUGAUUCCCGAGUUCUGAUGGUAAAUCUGGCCAAACAGUUCUCAAACAGUCUGCGGAUGUCACCAACGGUUACCCGACCCGAAGCCAAACAAGGUGUUUUUAUCCAGACUCUGGACUAUAUCCAGCGAGAUAGAUCAAAUGGGACCGGAGGAAUGAUACACAGCGACGAAUCGAGCUUCUUCCACGCAUCGACCUCAUGGGAACGAUCAUCGACCAAGUUUGGCUUUGUGUGGAAGCUCUGA